AUGAAAGCUUUCAUUGCUCUCUGUUUUCUUUUCGUCUGUGCCUACGCCAUACCUACAUUUGAUACAAGAUUAGAUUCAGCAUGGGCGUUAUACAAGCGUACCUAUGAAAAGCAAUAUACAUCCAAUGCAGAAGAAACAACCCGUCGAUCAAUCUGGGAAGAUCAUAUUGCUUAUAUCAAUAAACACAAUCUUGAAACUGACCUCGGUUUACAUACUUAUACAUUAGGAAUGAACAAAUAUGGUGACAUGACCAUCAAAGAAUUUGUCAAACAAAUGAAUGGUCUCGAUCUCAGUUUGAAUGUCAGCUUUUCUGGUACUUGUGAUCAAUACGUUGCUCCAGCCAACUUCAAAAGACCAGAUGCUGUUGAUUGGCGUACAAAAGGCUACGUAACAGGGGUUAAAGAUCAAGGUCAAUGUGGUUCAUGCUGGGCUUUUUCAACUACUGGUGCUCUCGAAGGACAACACUUUGCCAAAACACAACAACUUGUUUCACUCUCUGAACAAAACUUAGUUGAUUGCUCAGGCAAAUAUGGUAAUUUUGGAUGCAGUGGUGGUUUAAUGGAUAAUGCCUUCAAAUACAUCAAAGAAAAUAAUGGUAUUGAUACCGAAUCAACCUAUCCAUAUGAAGCACGUGAUGAUACAUGCCGAUUCAAUGCCAGAAACGUUGGUGCCACAGAUACUGGCUGUAAGGACGUUAAACAAUACAGUGAAGAUGAUUUACAAGAUGCAAUCGCCACAGUUGGUCCAGUUUCAGUCGCUAUUGAUGCUGCCCACACAUCAUUUCAACUUUAUCGAUCAGGUGUCUACAAUGAACCAGCAUGCUCAGCACAACAACUUGAUCAUGGUGUUUUAGCUGUUGGUUAUGACAGUGUAAAUGGACAAGAUUAUUAUAUUGUCAAAAAUUCAUGGGGUUUAUCAUGGGGUAACCAAGGUUAUAUCUGGAUGAGCCGUAACAAGAACAACCAAUGUGGUAUUGCUACAUUGCCCAGCUAUCCAACCGUUUAA